ACUACAAAAUACAAUGCAGGCCAACUAGCCGUUGGAUAAUCAAAUAAUCCUUCGUUACGCAUUUUGAAAAACACUGCUGCUGCUACCUGCUAAGACCUGAAAGAUCCAGAAAUUUUAUCGCAGAAAGAGAAGGGAGAGAAAAGGUUCCGAGAAAGUAAAGGAAAAUGAUGUCACUCACUCCAGAUCAAUUCAGGAAAGUUGGGUUGGGGAUGACGCCAUCUCCACAUCCCUUCUUCACACCUAGGCCUGAACGGCGUCGCAUGGAUUCCAAUUCUAAUCGUCAGGAUAGAGAUAGAGAUAGAGAAGUUAAUGUACAAGUGCUUCUAAGAUGCAGGCCACUAAAUGAUGAGGAACAAAGGUUGAAUGUUCCAAGAGUAAUAUCAUGUAAUGAACAUAAAAGAGAAGUCGCUGUUCUGCAAAGUGUGGCUAACAAACAAGUAGAUAAAGUUUUCAACUUUGAUAAGGUUUUUGGGCCCAAAGCUCAGCAAAGAUCGAUAUACGACCAAGCCAUCGCUCCUAUAGUUAAUGAAGUUCUUGAUGGUUUCAACUGUACUGUCUUUGCAUAUGGGCAGACAGGCACAGGAAAAACUUAUACCAUGGAGGGUGGGAUGAGAAAUAAGGGCGGUGAUUUGCCUGCUGAGGCCGGUGUUAUCCCAAGAGCUGUCCGGCAUAUUUUUGAUACACUGGAGGCUCAAAAUGCUGACUAUAGCAUGAAAGUAACUUUUUUGGAGCUGUAUAACGAAGAAAUAACUGAUUUGCUUGCUCCUGACGACUAUUCAAGAUCUACCGAAGAUAAACAAAAGAAACCAAUUUCUUUGAUGGAGGAUGGGAAAGGCUGUGUGGUAGUAAGAGGCCUCGAAGAAGAGGCUGUGUACAGCGCCAAUGAUAUUUAUACUCUUCUGGAACGAGGAACAGCCAAAAGGCGCACUGCAGAUACAUUGUUAAACAAGCGCAGCAGCCGUUCUCAUUCUGUAUUUUCUAUCACUGUGCAUGUGAAAGAAGCAGUUGUUGGAGAUGAGGAACUGAUUAAAUGUGGGAAGCUUAAUCUUGUUGAUUUGGCUGGAUCAGAGAAUAUUUCCCGCUCAGGUGCACGAGAGGGUCGUGCAAGAGAAGCGGGAGAGAUCAACAAGAGCUUACUGACCCUCGGCCGUGUCAUAAAUGCAUUGGUGGAACAUUCUGCCCAUGUACCUUAUAGGGAUAGUAAGUUGACUAGGCUCUUAAGAGAUUCUCUUGGAGGUAAAACGAAAACCUGCAUCAUUGCUACAAUUUCUCCAUCUGCUCAUUCUUUAGAAGAAACUCUGAGUACGCUAGAUUAUGCCUACCGUGCUAAGAACAUUAGAAACAAACCAGAGGCAAACCAGAAAAUAUCCAAGGCUGUGUUGCUUAAGGAUCUGUACUUAGAAAUUGAGAGAAUGAAAGAAGAUGUUCGAGCGGCAAGAGAUAAAAAUGGUGUUUACAUUCCACAUGAAAGAUUUUCACAGGAAGAAGCUGAGAAGAAGGUGAGGAUUGAGAAAAUAGAGCAGCUGGAGAAUGAUCUAAACCUUUAUGAGAAGCAAGUUGAGAAGUUCCGUGAGCUUUACCUAACUGAGCAAGAGCAGAAACUGGACGCAGAAAGUGAGCUCAAGGAUUGCAAGAUAAACCUGGAUAACAGUAACAAGGCAUUGCUUGAUCUUCAAGAAAACUACCAGAUACUAUUAUCAACACUAAAGGAGAAGGAGUUCAUUAUCUCUAAAAUGCAAUGCUCAGAAAAUUCUUUAGUUGAACGGGCAAAAGAGUUGAGCUCUGAUCUACAACACGCAUCAGAGGAUAUAAAUUUGCUGUUUGCAAAAUUAGAUAUAAAAGACAAGAUGGAAGUAGAAAAUCGGAGUAUGUUAUUGACUUUUGGUUCUCAGCUUGAUCAGAGUCUAAAAGACCUGCACAAGAUGAUCUUGGGUUCAAUUACACAGCAACAGCAACAACUAAAGUGCAUUGAAGAAAGCACGCGCUCAUUUCUUGCUAGUAAAUGUGAUGCCACCCAAUUCCUGGAAUCAAGACUUAAGAAAAUGACUGAUAGAUAUACGUCAGGAGUAGAAACCUUGAAGGAACUUGCAAAGACAGCAGAAAAUAAAGCUUCCUCUGACUUGGGGCAAAUAAAUUCUAUAAUAUCAUCUCAAGUAAAAACGGUUGAGCAAUUUCUUGACACUGCUGUCUUGGAGGCCAGGGAGGUUAUUGGAGAGAUCAAGGAUUCCCUGAAUGAGCAAAAGGAGCUAUUAGCUUUCACUGCUCAACAACAAGAAGAGGGAUUCCAUCAAAGCUUGAUGUCUGCACAAGAAAUUUCUGCGGCAACAAUAGACUUCUUCAACCAUAUCCAUCAUCAGGCUCAUCAAGUCAUGACAACAUUUGACAGUCGAACUGAAAAAUCUCGGAGACUAGCUGCUUUUGAGAAGUUGUUUAAG